UCCUCCUCCUCUUCCCGGCUGUGGCUGUGGCUCUGGCCCGGCCCAGGGAGAAGCCCUUCCAGGCCGUGGGCGCCCUCUUUCCUCCCGACAGGAGCGCCGCCCGCCGCCUCCUCCUCCUCCUCCUUGAGGCCUAGCGCCGAGGCGAGCAGGACGGGAGCCUCGGGCUUUCCUGAGCAGCGGCGCAGGAGGAGGAGGGCCCCGUCCGGGCGGGAGGACAUGGUGACGGGAUGGAGCGCACCGACGCCUCCCCCGCCGCCUCCGACGCCUUCCCCCUCCACCUGCUCGUCUGGCACAACCGGCACCAGGCGCUGGACAGCGAGCUCCGGAAGGGACAGCAUGAUAUUGAGAUGUUGGACCCACGUGGCCGAACACCCCUGGAGCUGGCCGUGUCCCUUGGGAACUUGGAAUCUGCUCGAGUGCUCUUGCGACACAAUGCUGCCGUGGGCCAGGAGAAUGCCAGCGGUUGGACAGUCCUGCAGGAGGCCGUAAGCACAGGGGAUCCAGAGAUGGUGCAACUGGUACUCCAGUAUCGUGAUUACCAGCGUGCCACACAGCGCCUAGCUGGCAUCCCAGAAUUGCUCAACAAACUCCGCAAAGCUCCUGAUUUCUAUGUGGAGAUGAAGUGGGAGUUUACUAGCUGGGUGCCCCUGGUCUCCAAGAUAUGUCCAAGUGAUGUGUACCGUGUGUGGAAGCGUGGGGAAAACCUGCGAGUGGACACAACUUUACUGGGCUUUGAGCACAUGAUCUGGCAGCGGGGCCGGCGAAGCUACAUCUUUAAAGGCGAAGAUGAGAAUGCAGUGGUGAUGGAGGUCGAUCACGACAAGCAGGUUGUGUACACAGAGACUCUGUCACUAGCCUUGCACGAGCCUGAGCUGAUGCUGGCUGCCAUGCAGCCGUCUGAGGAGCACGUGGCCAGUCGGCUCACUUCUCCCAUUGUCUCCACCCACCUGGAUACCAAGAACAUUGCCUUUGAGCGGAACAAGUCUGGCAUCUGGGGCUGGCGCUCAGAGAAAAUGGAAACUAUCAGUGGCUAUGAAGCCAAGGUUUACAGUGCCAGCAAUGUGGAGCUUGUCACCAAAACUCGCACUGAGCACCUGUCAGACCAGGACAAAACACGCAACAAAGGUUCCAAGACUCCGUUCCAGUCCUUCCUGGGAAUUGCCCAGCAGCAUGCUGCCCAGAAUGGGGCUCCAGUGUUGCAGUCAGCCAGCCCCACCAACCCAACAUCUAUUACUCCUGAGGAAUAUUUUGACCCCAACUUCAACUUGGAAUCCCGCAAUAUUGGCCGCCCUAUUGAGAUGUCCAACAAGGUGCAGAGGUUCAAGGCAACUCUUUGGCUCUGCGAGGACCAUCCCCUCUCCCUGGUGGAGCAGGUGACUCCCAUCAUUGACCUGAUGGCUAUCAGCAAUGCCCACUUUGCCAAGUUGCGUGACUUCAUCACUCUUAAGUUGCCUCCUGGCUUUCCUGUCAAAAUCGAGAUACCGCUCUUCCAUGUAUUGAAUGCCCGCAUCACUUUUAGCAACUUAUGUGGCUGUGAUGAACCGCUGAGCUCUGUGCGAAUUUGUACUCCCACCCCCAUACCAGGGAACAUGUCUGAAGAGCCAAUUGCUGGGGCAGAAGCAGCCAAUAACACCAAAGUGUACCCUUUCCCCUGUGAGGUGGAUCCAUCAGUGUUUGAGGUGCCCCAGGGCUACACAAUGUUGGGUGCAGGCCGCACAGAGCCUAUGAGGGAUGAAGAUGAUGACUUGCUCCAGUUUGCCAUUCAGCAAAGCCUUUUGGAUGCUGGUACAGAAACAGACCAGGUCACUAUAUGGGAAGCUCUAACCAACACAAGACCAGGAUCCAAUCCUCCGUCCUAUGAUGAGGAAUUACAGCUGGAACGGGCUAUCCAGGAGAGCAUGUUCCUUCAGUCAGGGCCAGGUGUGGGCCCGGCAGAGACAGGGGGUGGCAGUGGCGGUCCUCCUUCUGAAGGCAGUCCAGCUCUCAGCAACAACGGGGGCAACUCUUCAGCCUUGCCUCCACCCUACCCUAGCUUUGACGAGCAGCUGCGCUUGGCCAUGGAGCUGUCAUCAAGGGAGCAGGAGGAACGGGAGCGCCAACGCCAAGAAGAAGAUGAGGAGUUGCAGCGUAUCCUCCAGCUCUCCCUGACGGAGAAGUAGCAUCCCAGCCUGCCAGCGAAGGGCCCCUAGCCUCCCUCAGGUCUCACACCUCUCAGCCUAACUGUCCUUGCCAUCAUUGUAUUUUUUUAACCUCUUUGGGGUGGGGGUGGAAUUCCAUGUUUUGUCCCUUUCCUGUUAGGGACAGGCUGGAUGUGAGAAGACAGCACCCUCUACAUUUCCUGGGACUCACACAGUUCCAUUCUCUGGUAUUAUUUCCUGUAAUUUUUUUUAAUUGCUUUAUAUCCUCAUUCUUCACUGAGGAAAUGUUUUAUACAGCAUAGAGAGUUGGGGUGGGGACAGAGGAGGAGGAGGAGGAGCAGCAGCAGCAGCAGCAGAGAGAAAAGAAGUGGAAAAAGAGGAAGAAGUCAAGGAAAUUCUUAUCACUCAACAGGAGUGUGAUAUUUUGAAAGACUGAAAUAAGUUCACAGCAUUCUCUCUCCUCGCAAGUGGGUUUGCCUUGCUAGAGACUGAGCCACAGAGGGGUGGGUGGAUUUCUGAACUGUGGUGCAAUGAUGUUUGCAGUGAGACCUGACGCCAGGCUCAAGUGUGAGGAAUAAUUUUCAGUUCCCAUUUCCCCCCUCCCUCCUCAUUGAGAGCUGCUGCUCUCCCUAGCCCUGUGUUUAAUUUAUUUUAUUUAUAUCUCUGCAGAUAUAUACAGAAAAAGGGGAGUGGGAGGAGUUUUUUUUUUUUUUAACUGAACCCAGUGGGUCUAAAGGGAAGAGCUGUGCCCAUUCUCGAGUGGCUUUCCCCUGUCGUCUGGGGACCAGGAACAGGGGUUCUGGGCAGCAGGAACUACUAAAUAAAACCAAGAAACCAGCA